AUGCCUCCGCAAGACAAGGGCGGGCGCGUCGUCUUCAUCGGCAACAUCCCAUAUGGCGUCAGCGAAGAGCUCAUCACCGAGACGCUCAGCCGCGUAGGCAAUGUCAUCACCUUCCGCCUCGUCUACGACAAAGACACGGGCCGUCCCAAAGGCUUCGGCUUCGCAGAGUUCUCCGACGCCGAGGAGGCCGGCUCCGCCGUGCGCAACCUCAACGACUACGAGCUCAUGGGCCGCAAGCUGCGCGUCGACUACUCCAACGACAACGGCGCCGGCGAGAGCGCGCCCCCGGCCAGCUACGCCCUGCAGCAGAUGCAGAUGCAGCAGCCCUCGGCGGCCAGCCACGCGCCAGAGGCACCAGCAGCUAUACUGCCGCCUCUGCCCCCCGGCGUCGACGUCCCGCCCGACCUCACCUGCCCGGACACCAUUUCCAAGACGCUGCAAACGCUGCCCCCGCCCCAGCUGCUCGACAUCCUCUCGCAGAUGAAAAACCUCGUGACCAACGACCCGGCCAAAGCCACCGAGCUCCUGCGCCAGGCACCCCAGCUGUCCUUUGCCAUCUUCCAGGCGCUGCUCCUGCUCGGCCUGAUCGACCAGUCGCUGCUCACCUCGGUCGUCGACACGGCCACGAUCCCGCAAGCAGCGGCAGCUGCGGCGCCACCCCCGCCCUCUGCGACGCCCAUGGCAUCGCGCCCCGCCUAUCCUGGCUUCCCGCCCCAGACUGGCCGCGGACCCAUGCCUGUGCCGACGCCCCCGGUCGGCGCGCCGUUCCAGCAACCGCAGCCGCAGGCGCCGCCGCCGCAGGUCGUCGACCAGCAGGAGCUUAUUCGGCAGGUGCUCUCGAUGACACCGGCGCAGAUGGCGGCACUGCGGCCUGAGGACCGCGUGCAGAUUGAGCAGCUGAGGGCGAGCUUGAUGGGGGGGCAGGGGUUUUAG